GGAAAAUAUUUGGUCAUCGGUUUCUGGCUUUUCGUCCGCACAAGGAAUAGAGUGCCAAAAGAGACAUCAAAGAGCGAUCCACCAGUUCUCCUUAUUGCCUCGGACGCGCCCUCAAUUCUCGCUCCCCUCUCUCCUCAUCCUCCUUUCGCAGUUUCGGGUAGCACCGGGUAGGCUCGCUCGAGCGUCAAGAUGAACGAAAAGGCCUCCGUUUCCAAAGAACUCAAUGAGAAACACAGGAAGAUAUUGGAGGGACUUCUCAAAUUGCCAGAGAACAAGGAAUGCGCUGAUUGCAAGUCCAAAGGUCCACGAUGGGCAAGCGUGAAUCUGGGAAUUUUUAUAUGCAUGGCGUGCUCUGGAAUUCAUAGAAGUUUGGGGGUACAUAUAUCAAAGGUAAGAUCUGCAACAUUAGACACAUGGCUCCCAGAGCAGGUUGCUUUUAUCCAAAGCAUGGGAAAUGAGAAGGCAAAUAGCUACUGGGAAGCAGAACUUCCUCCAAAUUAUGACAGAGUUGGGAUUGAAAAUUUCAUUCGUGCAAAAUAUGAAGAAAAAAGAUGGGUACCUUUGGAUAAAAGGUUCAAAUUGCCCUCGAAGUUUCAAGAAGACAAGGCUUCUGAGUAUAAGGAAAAAUCCAGUGAUACAGGUGGGGAUGACGAUACUAACAACGUGAAAUCUUUAGAGAAGCAGGAUAAUGAACCACAAAGUACAAGGACAGAUAAUCUUGUGGUUCCUAAACUACCCAGCCCGGUAUCCUCCAUACAAAAAGUGGAAACAGGGAGAACCCUGGUAGGUUCACCAGAAUCUGCAGAGGUAGCUCCUGCUAUGGUUAAUGCGAAAACGACACCACCAAAAGCUGAUCCCACAGUUGAUCUGUUUAACAUGCUUUCUAUGGAUGGUACAAGUGAAAAUGGAACAGAAUCAUCUUCCGUUAAUGAUAAUUCAUGGGCAGAUUUUCAGUCUGCAGAACUAACCAGUGCCUUGGAGACAAACAGCACCACAAAAUCUAUUGAAAGCAAGAACGAAAAUGCACUGGGAGUUGAGGAACUGUUUAAGGAAUCCACGUCUUUGACGCAGCCUUCGACUGAAAAAAAGCCCCAGACAGAUGUAAAAAAUGAUAUCAUGAGCCUCUUUGAUAAGUCCAAUAUGGCAUCUCCAUUUGCACUUCAACAACAGCUAGUGUACCUUCCCCAGCAGCAAGCUCUUCUUAUGGCUGCUAGUAAAUCCAACAAUGCACCUGAAGAAUUUUCUCCCAGAACUCAUCACCGAAGUGUAAGUGAUUCAAACACACUGAAAGGAAACAUUGCACAGAGUUGGGUGAACUUCGGUUAUCAGGUCCCAGGCAAUGUGCCACUAGCUGGACACCUGUAUUCCAACAACUCAAUCCAGAUGGGAAACGUUACGUACCUUCAUCCAUCUGGGAGCUAUGGUCCUGUUGCAGCAUCUGGGCUGCAUGCUCUUGGAUCCUCAGCAUCUGCUAAUGGAUUAGCUGCUGGUGGCGGAGUAAACAAUCCUCAUGCAACUUCUUCUCCAUCUACUACCAACAGUCGCUCGCUCAAUGAAUAUGAUUUCUCAUCAUUGACUCAAGGAAUGUUCUCAAAACGGUGAAUGACAGAACGAUCGUCACAGUUUGUUUUGGUUGUCUCCCUCACAUUUCAUCUUGGACAUUUAAAGUGAUAAGAAGUCGAUAUAUAGGCGGCGCUGAGUUUCCUGCAUUAAGUUUCCAUUGUAGAACCACUUUGGUAGCUCUUUGAUGUUUUCAUGUCAUCUGUAAAGAUGCUGAGAAAUAUAAUAAAGGUCACAGCCUGCUGAGGUUCAGUGCAGUGAUACCAAAUUCAGAGUCAUGAACAUUCUUGUUAGAGUUUAGAAUAGUUAAUCUGAAGUGUGUUUUAUUUUC